AUGGGGGAGGAGUUGGGUGAUGUCGACGUUGAAGGUGUUGUAGUCGGCACCGGGGAACCAGAGGUGUUGGGUGGGGAGGAUGACACAGACUCGUGUGGGAGAGGGGUAAACAGGGCCCCUGGAGUUGUGAUAUACAGGGGCUGCGUGAUAGGAUCUGCCGGAGAUGCUGAUGAGGGAUGGUCUAGCUCCGAGACAGGCCCGACGUUUGGUCGGAUGCUGGGAUGCGCUAUAUCAUUCCAUACACUGGGACUCAGCGUCUGGCCGACGUGUGACAGGAUAUUGCUAAUAGCAGCUGGAAGAUUUGAAGAACCCAAGGAUGUAGUCACAGAGCUUGUUACUGAGGAUGAAGCUGAAGUUGUUAUUGGUAGUACGCCAUCCAGUGCACCACCCCCAGUGGCACCAGUUACUCCCAUUGCAACAGAUGAAUACGAAGGAGAUCCCUUGACUACCCUGGCCGUUUUGCUUGAUGAAUUUUUCCUUGACGCCUCAGCUGGUGUUUCAGGAAACAAUUGUCGCUUAGCAGGUGUUGGGGGCUUGACCACACCGGAACUAGAAGAACCACUAAUAUUUGCGGCUCCACCAGAACGGCCAGNCCGAAGCUUUCCGGACAUUUGUGUGUCGCCGUACGUUUUAUGCGUACCGCAAGAAAGCGAAAGAGAAAUAAAAACCUCGUUCUCAAUCUAUAAAGAAUGCGAUCCGCUCCAACGGAGAAGACCGUCAACAGUCUCACCCACUCACAACAUAAACGGCUUGAAAACGCGUCCAAAUAGUUGCGUCCAUGUCAAAACGCGUGUAACUGGGUCAACGUUCGAUGCUCACUGCAUUUCGAACGAAAGUAGCACUCAGGACUUAGAACCUCAUCAUCAAUUUCGCAUAGAGACGCCGAUUUCGUCGCUCUGUAGCUCGAGAAGAUCAAGUAUAACGAGGAAUUUGAUGGAUUCAAAAAGUCAAGAAUUGUGCGCGAGAGAGGAAGGUUCCGACGAAGUUGUUGAACGAGUUGUCACUCCGAACAAACCACGAGUAAGAAUCUCUCCUGAACUCGACUGGCCCAGAACUGACUAUAAAGAUAGAAAAAGCAAUAAGUUAGAUCCGAAUUGUUUCAGUAAAAGAAGCGCAGCACCUCGUUCUUCAUCGAGACUGAAUGCUACAAGAUCAAGAAGUUCGAUGUGCAAAACUCCCUCCAUUGAAAGAACAGGAAAACUCCGUGAGUUACCUUACUGGAAGUUUUUAAUACCUGAGCCCCCCAUGAUGGAAGUCGGACGAAUGAAUGUAAGCAUUUAUACUCCAAAACAGAUUCCAGGAAUUAAGAUUUUUGAUGAAACAUUUUUUGAUAUUUGAAAUGUAAUAUUGAAAGAAGUCUCUAGGCCACCUUGUCAGGUCUAGUAAGUAGAAGCUAUGAUAAUGAUAGGUCCUCCUGGAGAGGUCAUUUUAAAAAGGUUGUAAAGUUUUGAAAACUCAGCUUCAAAAUGACAUAAUUAAACAGUCAUUAGUAAGGCAAAUGACAACAAAUCAUACCGGAA